GGAUCACACCACCGACAAAUCUGGUACAGGGAUGAACAAAGUCCAAACAAGUCUCCAUCGCCGAAAAGAAGAGGCAGAUGACACACUGACACUUCAAAUCGGCGCCUUGCCCCAGUGACAGAGAACCUGCCGCCGGUCUCUGUUGCGUUUCAUCGGGAAAGCAUCGGAGUACUCGUCAAAGAUGAAACGGCCAGUGGACUGAAGAAAUUCAAGACCCCAUAACAAGAGGCAGAGCAGGAUGGACACAAUGGGAUGGGACACGACAACAAAGAGAGAGCAACCGCCAUACCCGAAGAGUGAGAGAGACUUAGAUGACAAUCCAUGAAAAUUGCAAGAAAUUGCAGAAGUGGAGUCACAAAAGCUCGACAACCACCCAGUCAUCGGUCCUCCAUGCACGAAGCGAUAGAAUAAACUACCACCUCCCUUGAGACAAGAACGAGCCUCCAUUCAGUGUAAGACACCAAGAAAGGGAAAGAGGAAAGUCGGGACUCCUCUCCAUGACGAAUAACACUUCGCUAGAUAACUUACCGAACUGGAGGACAGAAGAGAGAUGUCGACAAACCCACCUGCCAUCAACACGGAAAUCUUUGAAAGGACCGAGAAGGAGAAAACCUAGAUCCACCAAACCUUUCACCUGAAAAUCCGACUCCGGUUACAAAGCUUCUUUUGUGAUGAGAUCUUUGAGAGCCGAAAAUCAUCACAAAGAGUGAUUUUAAUUAUUUUAUUGGAGUUUAUUUUAAGACGUGAAAUAUUAGUUCUAUAUUAUGUGGUAUAGACAGUCAAUGGUGGCAAAACUAAUCGGAACAAUAAAAUUCUAUUAAAAUAAUUUCGAUCGUAAGUUACCAAGUGAAUGUUCAUCAACAUAAGCAUAAUCUUGAAAAAUAUAAUUGAUCAACACCAAAUCAUAUAAUUAAUACAAACAAAUAAAAAAUAUUAUACAGUACUAAGAACACCAAUUUCAUUGAAACAAAUUUUGUAUAUUUCCAUGUAUUUUCAAAUUUCAACAGCUUAACAUUAUUUUUGUAAUAAUCUUUAAUCGGUUCAAUAUUUUUAAUAAGAACCAAAGAAACUGGCUAUGAUAUGAACCACCAAAAUCACAAGGAGAAGUUGGCUAUAAUAUAAACCAUUAAUAUCAUAAAGUAAACAAGGUAAAUUUUUGUUUCAAAAAAAGAGAGUAAAUUUUAGUAUGAUAUUAUUGCUAAAUUUGUUAAUAUCUAUUUAUUAUAUAUUCUCUCAAAAAUCAUGAAAAAUAUAAAUAUUAAGAUAUUAUUAUAUUAUUAAAAUUAAUUAUUCAUCGUAAAAUUAGAGAGAAGAUGUCAAAUCAGUAUUAUAUUAUUAAAAUUAAUGAUUAAUUCUAAAAUAGUGGAGAAGUUGACAAAUCAUAAAUAUUAAGAUAUAAUGAUAUUAUUAAAAUUGAUUAUUCAUCCUAAAAUUAUGGAGAAAUUUACAAAUCAGCAAAAUAAAUUUUGAAAUAAUAGUAUAGAUAGAUAGAUUCUUUCUAAACCAAGGAUUCUAUUUCAAAACAUGAAAAGAACGACCGGAGUCGUUGUUAAACUUUUGUGGAGACAUCACUAAGAUUUUUUUUGUUUGCUAAAUUGUAAAUAUUGUUUCAAAAAUGAACUGUUAAGGUUCACAAGAUUUGAUAAGCAAACGGUAAGACCUCUAGAACGUACUUCCAUGGCAAUAAGGUAAUAAGGUGUUCUUAACUUACUAAUCCUUCGAAUCAGGUGUUGUUAACUUGAAUGAUAGAUAGUAUUGGCCAUUGGGAGUAUUUCUAAAUUAUUAAUUGGCCAUGUAGUGUAGACAGUUGUGCAUUAUGUAUAUUCUAAAAAUAUAAUCUGAAGGCUUGGAAGAAACUAAAAACAUUUCAAAGGAUUGACGCUAUGGUAUUUAUUAUUUUUUAUAAAACUAAUUUAUUAUUUUGUAGUGUAAAAUAUUAGUACUAAAUUGGAAAAAAAAACGAAAUACAAAAAUAUGAAACAAUACGUGGGCCACAAGAAACGGAGACUGGUUUGUCAGAACACGCAGACACCUAGCUUCCUUUUUCAGUAAAACACUGCAAAAGUAUAAUUCCAAGUUUCCAUCUAUACUAAUAUUUUCUAUUCCUGAUUGUUAUUGAUUAGUUUUUCUUAAUUUAUUUAUGAUUGGCCUGUGUACCUACUACUUAACUAUUCAUGUAUAUUUGUACCGAAAUUAAAUCAGUCUUCUUUUUGUCAACAUUUCAAAAAUUGAAUCAGUCUUGUUAUUGUAUUUUGUUAAUAGGAUGGUUUUUUAAUUUGGCCUUAUUUAAAAAUAGAAGUAGUGUUUUAAUUUUUAAGUACAAGUAUAAACCAUUUUUUGUGUCGUCGAUUUCUUGAACUACAUGAAAUUUUAAAUAAGUUUUGAUUCAUUCAACAAGAAACAUCGAGGAAAAUGAGUGACUAUUGAUUAAUGAAAUAUAUUGGAAAUGUAAAAGAAAUGUUUCAAUUUGACUCGAACGUUCGGGCUAUGGACUUGCGAAAAUCUCAGUCUUACAUGAGUUGUAGUCUUGUAGACUAUUUUUAGGAAAUGAAAAUUCUUUACCAAAUUAUUUUCAGAUCUUAAAAUCAUGGGAAAAUCAUCCUCUUUUUAUUUGAAACGUAUUGCAAAUUAACUUUAUUUCUAAUAAAUCUAUCACAGAAGUGAAUUAUAUUGGACCCUUGGUAAAUCUCAAAUUAGUUAAAUUUAUUCAGACCUCUUAAAUCAAUGAACCUGUAUAGAAAAAUAAAAAUGUGCACAUUAUGUUGCCAAAAAAUGAUUUUCUAAGUUCUUUUUGUCAGCAAUUAAGUUUAUUUAAUUAUAUAUAGUUAAUUGAGAAAUUGCACCCAAUAACUCAACAAAAAACCAAAAUUAACAAACUAACCAAAUCACCUUCUCUUUCUUCUUUUCUUUUCCUAUAUCUCUCUACCUUCUCUCUAAAAAACUAAAUUUGAUUUUUGUUGUGGUUAUUUCACAAAUAACCCCUAGUUAAUUUUCACGGUUUUGCAUUAAUCCAUUUUUUUAACAAAUGACUAUCUAAAAAGAGAAAUGUUAUAAUUAUUUACCUAAAUUUUCAUAUACGAUUUUUUUACAAAAGGUAUGUAUACUAUAUAUGGGUUUAUCCGGACCAAUGUUACGCGCAUCCGGAAUACCAUGGGAUCUUCGUAAAGUUGAUCGUUAUGAGUCUUACGAUGAAUUUGAAUGUGAAAUUCAGAGGCAAAAACAAGGAGAUUCAUUAACUCGUUAUUUAGUACGACUUAGCGAAAUGACAGAAUCCAUCAAAAUUAUUCAACAGGUUCUGGAAAGACUUCCGGGGGGAUCCCUAUGAAAAUUUAGAUUAUAUUGUUAUUUCCAGCAAAAGACUACUAAAUAGAAUCAAAUAAAAGAAUAUGAUCGUAUUAUCAACAAAAAGAGUAUCCAAUGACUAUGAGCUAAAUUAAAAUCCUAGGGAAAAGAUUUUGUCAAGUGAAAUAAUCAGGGAAAAAUAAAGAAGGAUUCAAUCCAAUAAGAGUUCUCGAUCUACAUUUAUACACAUACAUUACUUACAGAUAAGAUAAAAUUCUAUUUCGAAGUCAUAAAAUGAUUUUAAAAUAAUAAUUUAUAAAGAAAUGUCAAACACAUAUACAAACAGUGUAUAGAUAUAGAAAGUAAAGCGGGGUCCGCACUCAAUGCCAUUAUGAUGACAUCAUCAGAUAAGACACAAAGAGAAGACUUGAGUACUCUCUACGUUUCCUCUCUUCUUCCUCUAUAUAAACCCUUUUCUUCUCGUCUCCUCUUCUUACUGUUCUCUAAUCUAAAUCUAAUUUCACCUUUCCUACAAUUACAAAACCUAAAACAUUUUUCUUAUUACACAACCUAAAAGUCCCUAAGUUUCUGAUAAUGUCGGAAGAGUUCGACGAAUCUGAGAUCAUUUUCUCCGACAGCUUCUUCCCGAUUCGCCGCCGUGAGGACGUGAUCGAGAAAGAGAACCGUCCGGUUAAUUUCCGAGAAAACUCCGAAACCAAAAUGAGAAACACAUCGAGGCUGAGUAAAACGACGCCGUUGCCUUCUUCACCAGCGGCUUUCUCAUCAUCGUCGCUUCCGGUGAAUAUUCCGGGAAGGAAGUAUUCUUCUGAGGAUGAGGAAUAUUCGGAAGACGGAGGAAGGAGAAUGGUUCCGCCGCAUCUGAUCGUUGGACGGAGGAUCGAAAGCGGUCAAAUGGCGUUUUCCGUUUGUACAGGUCAGGGAAGGACUCUUAAAGGCCGAGAUCUGAGCCGGGUUCGUAAUUCGGUUCUCAGGUUAACCGGUUUUUUGGAGGCUUGAAUACGGACCGGUUUUUGAUUGAUUAAAAGAUUCGUCUUCCAAUUUUUUUUUUUUAGCGGAAGAAAUUCAGUUGUCUGAUAUUGUUGUUAGUUUAGUCACUUGAACGAAUGUCAAAAGGAAAAUGUCAAAAAGAACAUUUAUUUCUCUGUUUAUUUAUUUGAAUUGUUAGUUUUGAUUUCUCUCAAAUGUAACCGGAAAAUAAUUGAAGUUACUUUUUUUUUUUAUCAAUUUCGGAUUACUUAUGAUUAUAAUGUUGCAAAAAUAUUUGAAACCA